GUUAUUUUUUUUUUUUAAUAUUAUAUUAUGCAAAUAAUUUCAUGUUUUUUGCCGCCAGACAUUGUCUAGUCGCAUUUUUGUGUUUAAUUUUUUUUUUUUAUUUGCUAAUGUUUAAAUUCAAAUUAAACUCUGAUAAAACGCCUUUUAAGCUUUCACCUAAGUCAAUUAGCUUAUUUGGACAAUUUCUUUUUUGUUAUGCAUUUUCGUUGCUUUUACAAAUGGCUUUUGGUGGCUGUGCGUCAAAGGUUAUUAACGUCUACAACAAGAACAACAUGUGCAAAAUGCAAUGCCAGAACUCUUUAAGUGCCCAAAUAACAGUUAGGAAUAUUGAAGAAUAUGUGACUUUAUGACUACCUUUGCCACUGCAUUAUGAUAAAGUGAACAGUAUUUGCGCUUGUGGCUUGACUUGACUUGAGUGACUGACUGCCUUUGCACUGUACCCUGUUGGCCCCGCCUGGCCUUUUAUUGCGCCCCUCUACACCGUCGGUGUUGUCACCGUCCGUUCCUCGCACUUUUCGGUACGGUAUUUUUUUUUUUUGCUUGUUUACUGGAGCGCUCUUGUCCAACACAAUCGUUUUAUUAAUGCCGCGCUAUUAUUGUUGUUGUUUUUGUGCUUAUUUUUACAUUGUUUUGUGGUUUAUUUUUUUAUUUUAUUUUUGUUGAUCUUUUGGUUUAUUUUUUAUUUUGUUUUUGUUUUUGUUAUUGUUUGUGUUUUAUAUGAAAUCCAUUUAGGAAAUGUUUUCUUUUUUAUAUUACUUUUAUAUUUUUCAGAAGAGGCAAGCGGCUCUUUACUACCACCAACCAACACCUCUCCCCGCACCAAACGACUUGAGCACAGCUCACCAAAAAAAAAAAAACACAACAAAAACAUAGUACGACGCUCCACGCACCGCUCCUAAACACACCUUGCUGCAGACGCAUGGUCGGGUGAGGAGUGAGGUUAGGUUUGGAUACAUACACAUUUCGGGCCCGGCCUACCGGCUAGCUGACAGCUUUACGUGCGAUGCUCGCAAAUGUUCUUACAAAGCACAUACAUAUGCAUUUUUAUUCGCAGACACACACAUCUGCGAUCACUUGCAAAAGCAAACAGCGCCAGGCUGAGGCCGCUGCUGCUGCUGCUGCUGCUGACGCCGCCAUGCGGUUAAUGAACGACCAACCAGAUUAUACAGCGUGUAACCUUGAACUCCUAUGUUGGCGCUUGUUGCUGUUUAAAGAACACAAUAACACAAACCUAGUACAACAAGCAGGCAGCGGCAGCGACGGCGGUGGCGGCAGCAUACCAAUUAGCGAAUACAACCGUUUGCUGCGCGCAGCGAACCCACAGGAAAGCCACAACAACAAAAGCAAAAACAAAAAAAUAGCGGGCAUUGGCUCAACAAGCCGUUAAGCGCUCGUCGGCACUUGACGCGUGGCUUGCAACAUUUAACAUAUCAGCAUGUCACCAGAUACUUUUGCCGUCAGCGGACGCAACAGCCGCAGCAGUUUCGACAACAAACAAGAAAGUACAGCUGAAAUGUGCUUGCUGCUGCCAAAAAUAAACUCAAAAUUGCAUGUAUGUAUGUGUGUGUGCAAUGCAAAUAUGCACCAGUCAGUUAAAAGCUUAACAACGCUGCAUUUAUGACAAGGUGGCAGCGCGCUACCACCCAAACAGCAGCAGCAACAACUUUGUGCAUGCAUAGUCACCAAAAUAAUAACAACAACAAACAACAAGUUAAGUUGAACAACAAAACUGAAAUCAGCAAAUAUUUGCGGCGCACGACGACUGUUCAAACAAGCGAAAAUAACAGCAGCAACAACAACAACAAUAUUCGCGAAAAAAAUAUUAUUGAAAAUGGCUCAAAUGCAGAGGCGAGCGACCUGCCAGAGCAAUGCCUCCAAAACUACCGCCAGGGCAAUUGAUUAUAAGGUUGAUCGGCAAAAUUUUGCAUUGCAUGCAAUACUUUUUGUUUAUUGCAUGCACUUUUUUUUGUUUAUUGCAUGCAAUAUUUUUUUUUAUUGCAUGCAAUGUAUUUUACAUGUGUUUGUGUGCGUGUACAUUUUUUUGUAGCAGUCAAGUAAACAACACGCUGGCGAUUGCUCGCUCACUUGUUUUAUUAUUGCCGUUUAAUUUUUUCCAUAUUGACAGUUGCACCAAAAACAACAUAAACAAUAACAACAACAACAAAUAAGCCGAAAAUUAAUUGAAUCAAAAAAUGUUAACGAGGUCAUUUGCACUUUACGCAACGUAGGUUCAAUCGCGAAAAUAUUAAAAUGGAACAUGCAACGUCAGCGGAAAAGUGGAAUGCAACACUGCUAUAUAGUUAACUUGCGUCUAGAAUAUUGUAAAUACACCGGUCUAAUUGACGAAAAAAAAAACGAUGAGAACAUUUUUAUUUACUUUUAUU